CGGCAGACUACCAACGCUGCUGACACCCAAGCGAGCAAGACCACAGCGACACGCAUCCCUUCCCCACACCAUCACCUUCGCCUUCAACACCAUCAUACGCACAUACAGACACAGACACGCGCACUAAUCCUUUGUGCUUGCUGGCAAGAAGAUAGCGUUUACGACAAAGGGGGAGGACCGGUGCAGGCGGACGGUGCAGCCAGACGAUAAAGGACAAGGGAGCAAGGGUCGAGCACAGACGGAAGUGUGUUGUUGUGAUGGGCACGUUUGUGCUGUCCGAGACAGCAUGGGUGGUUGCAGGCGCCUUUGCAUGGCUCAGCUUUGGCAUCACCUGCCAUCAAAUCUACAAGCACCUGUUUCACUGGUCGCGCCCAGAGUAUCAGAAAUGGAUCUGCCGCAUCCUGUUCAUGGUGCCCAUCUAUGCGCUUGGGUCCUGGCUCUCGCUGCGAUUCUCCGCAUGGUCCGUCUACUUUGACACCGUGCGGAACAUGUAUGAAGCGUUUGUGAUCUACAGCUUCUUGUCCUUGUGUUUCGCCUACCUUGGCGGCGAAGCAGCCAUGGUCCACGCCCUCUCAGGACAAUACCACAAGCCAUCGUGGUGGACCAUGACGUGCUGUCUCCGGCCGUUUCCAUACAGCAUCUUCUUCUUGCGCGUGUGCAAGCAAGCCACGCUCCAGUUCUGCGUUGUGAAGCCUGUCACCUCCAUCAUCACCAUCAUCCUCGAAGCAAAGGGGCUGUACUCUGAAGGGGACCUGUCCCCUGACCGCGGGUACCUGUACAUUGCCAUUGUGUACAACGUGUCCAUCUUCCUCGCCCUCACCGCCCUCAUGGUCUUCUACGCGGCGACAAAGGACCUCCUCAAACCGCACAAGCCCGUCCUCAAGUUUGUGGUCGUCAAGAGCGUUAUCUUCCUCGCCUUCUGGCAGGGCGUGAUCCUCGCCAUCGCCGAAUCCGCCGGUGUCCUCUACAGUGAUGACAAGGUCAAGCCAGGGCAGGUUGCCGCAGCGUACCAGAGCUUCAUCAUCUGCAUUGAGAUGUUCUUCGUGUCGCUGCUGCACCUCUUUGCCUUCAGCUGGCGCCCCUUUGUUGUCGACUCGACCCGUUCCGUCGACCGAGCACGCAUCUUCGCCCGCGUCUCCUCCAGCCUCAAAUCGACCCUGAACCCAAAGGACAUUGUGCAUGACACAAUUCGCAACUUCUCCGCCAAAUACAACGAAUACCACCAGACGGAAUUUGACGACUCGGACUACGCGCACCACGUGCAGUCUGACAGCGAGAUGAUGGAGAUGGAGGUGGCGUGGACGGAGACGCGUGGUGACAGCAGCGACCGCAACGGCCACGCGCUCGCUCGUGGUGGCGAUGGUGGCGAUAGUGGCACGUGCAAUGGAGGAAGUCACCACCACCAGCACCAGCAUCUCCGCCACCGACACGACCCUGCGCGGCGCAGCAACUCUGCGGCGAGUGACAGCGGUGGCGGCGACGGUGAGCUGUUGGGCGAUAUCACAACCAAUGCGCACGCCAAGGCCCAGCAUGGGUCACAGCAUGGGUCACAGCAUGGGUCAGGUGUGGGUGAGAAGAGUCGGCGGCGCGUCGGCUUCACCGGCGUGGAUGAGACAAUUGCCGAUGGUGAGAGAAUACGGCAUGCGGGUGAUGGUUCUGGUGCGGAUGGUAGCAGCACUGCCAAGGGUGAUGGCGGCGGUGGUGGUGGUGGUGGUGGUGAUGGCAAGGACGCUGGCGUUGGUGAAGAGGAGGCGCCUGCUGAGCGCGCGACGCUGGUGGCGGGCGAUGGUGCACCCUUGUCAUCGCCGUCAUCAUCGCGGCAAGGGAAGGUGGCGUGGCUGCGGUCACCGCUCCGGUCUGUCCAUCGCAACCCGGGCGAGGAGGAGCUGUCCUUGAUUGGACACGACGCUGCCGAGCCCGCGUGAUGUGCGUGUGUGUUUGUGUGCGUGCGCGCGCGCGCGUGUGUGUGUGUGUGUGUAUCAGAUGGUUGAGUGCUCUAGCUCUGCAGUUUGUGCUUCUUGUUGGAUCUCUCUCUCUCUCUCUCUCUAAUCGAUCUUCAAUCAAUUUCAAUUCGCAAAUGUUACUUCACCAUAUCUCUCCCAAUACAAGAAAGACGACAACGCCAAACUGCGGGUGUUGGUUAGUUGUUCCCACC